GCGCUAGCGUCAGCCUGGCCCGCCCUCGGCUGAUGAAAGAGCACGUGGGAUUGAGUCUGUAUUAAAACAAAUUGGAGUUUAAUUUUUACUCGGUGCUUUAACACAAAUUACAAACAGUAUGUUUGCUCUAAGGUACACCUUUAUGCACAGUCUUAAAACGCUGCAAUCAAGGACUUUUAGUGUGGGGAGGACAUGUUCAGGAUCUGUGGACAUGAAGGGACGCAGUUUACUGACACUGAAAGACUUCAACCCAGGUGAGAUCAGACACAUCCUGAGGGUGUCUGCUGACCUCAAGCAUCGGAUCAAGCAUGAAGGACAGUAUCUUCCCCUCCUUCAAGGCAAAUCUAUUGCCAUGAUUUUUGAGAAGAGAAGCACUAGGACGCGCAUGUCCACUGAAACAGGGUUCGCUCUGUUGGGUGGACAUCCAUGUUUCCUCACCCCUCAGGAUAUUCACCUGGGUGUAAAUGAGAGCAUAAAAGACACCGCCAGAGUGCUCUCAAGCAUGACUGAUAUUGUGUUAGCCCGGGUGUACAAUCACUCAACUCUGGAGCAGUUGGUUAAGGAGGCGUCAGUACCAAUCAUCAACGGCCUCUCUGACCUUUACCAUCCUAUACAGAUACUAGCUGAUUUGCUCACACUGCAGGAGCAUUAUGGGUCGUUGAAGGGCCUGACAGUGUCUUGGAUAGGUGAUGGUAAUAAUGUUCUCCAUUCCUUCAUGAUGUCACUGGCCAAACUGGGUGUCAAUCUGAGAAUAGCCACCCCAAAGGGUUAUGAGCCAGAUGAUGAUGUGACUCAGGAGGCACUGCAUCUCUCUAAACAGUUUGGGACAGAGCUGCACUUGUUUUCCGAUCCUUUGGAGGCAGCUCGAGGCAGCAACGUGCUGGUGACAGACACGUGGAUUAGCAUGGGCCAGGAAGAUGAAAAGAAGAGGAGGCUAAAGGAUUUCCAUGGCUACCAGAUCACCAUGCAGACAGGAAGUGUUGCAGCGCCAGACUGGACUUUCUUGCACUGUCUACCACGAAAGCCAGAAGAAGUGGACGAUGAGGUUUUCUACUCGCCACGCUCACUGGUGUUUCCUGAGGCUGAAAACCGCAAAUGGACCAUUAUGGGGUUGAUUGUGUGUAUCCUGACUGACUACAGUCCUCAGAUCCCCAAACUGAAACUCUAAUGUUUCAGAACUCGGCUCCAGACCAUGCAACACUUUCAAUAAGUCAGGGUCCCUUCAUCUUUCUUCAUUAAUUCAUCUCCAGUACUCACCUUAUCCUGUUCAGGGUCAUAGUCAGAACUGGAGGCUAUCCCAGAAAUACUGGGCACAAGCCAUGAAUACACCUGGGACAAGAGCCCACUCCACUGCAACGCUUAUGAAGCACACUCUUAUUCACAUCUUGGAGCAAUAGCCAUGUCUCCUGGGGAGGUGAAAGCAAACUGUACUCAGAAAAAACCCAUUCAUGACUGUAACCCGAAGCUCAGAAUGACCCUGCUCUGCCACCAUGACCCCCUUACACACUCUGAUAUCUGGACUGUUUAAUCGGUUUAUCUAACCUUACAUCUUGGUCAGGUUAGAAUUUUAGUCUGCAAAUCCAAAAAUAAAAGAUUUAAAAACUUUG